UUCCCCAUCUAAUAGACCUUCCUCCCCUUCAUUUUCUUGCUUUUUCCAUCGUAAAUUGUUGAACACUUUCAAGGAAAUGGUUAUACAAAAAUGGCAAAACGGCAAAAUAAUGGGAGGAAGGGACAAAGGAAGAAGUAAAAAAGUAGAAAGAAGAUGGUCUUGCACAUGCAAAAAGGUUGAAGAGAUUAAAAAAAAUAAAAAUAAAAAAAUAAGGGGACAUUUUGGGAGGAAGUUGGUGUGUAUGUAUGUGUGUGCGUCUGUUGAUGUAUAUGGCCAAAAAUUAAUUUUUAAAUUUUUAAAAAAAUUUUGAA